GAAGCAAGCCUCUCCCCCCUCGAACAAGAAGUGCUAGACGAGUACGCCAAACUCGUCGGCAAUCUAGACGAUCUAUCCGGCAUCCUGUCGGAAUUGGCCUCUAAUCCCUCGGCGGAGAUUCUGGACGCGCUGAGGGGAUUGGAGCGCAAGACGACUACCGUUUUCACUUUGCUCAAGGCGAGCGUGUAUAGUAUUGUGCUGCAGCAGGAGAUUUUGGGGGAUGAUGGGGCG